AGCCACUUGCCUGUCCCUCGGCCCGUUUCACUGGCUGUCCUGUAUUCCAGGAGGCUGGCAUCUUCAGUGUGGGCACCUGGCUGUGAUAGCUUGUGGCUUCACAGCGGGGUACCCGCUGCGCAUGCGCGAGUAGCGCUGUGCUUUCUAAAUGGUCCUGUAGUCUUCUGGGACCUGUCAUGUGUCCCAAAAGACUACAGGGAGGGAGGACAACUUCCGUUUCUGAUCGCCUAGGUGAUCAGACUGGAAGUGGAAGCGGGUACCUGUCAAUUUCAGGUACCUGCUCCCCGCCCCCCAAAGGGCCAAUCCUUAAUGGGGAGCGGGGGGAGCAGUCCUUAAAAUAGAACUUCUCCUUUUGGGUGCAGCUCCGCUUUAAGCU